CAUAGUUCAAGACUUCGAAAUGUCACGACUCUCUUCUUGUUUAUUUUCUUUGCUGUGCCUACUGGCAAUUCUCACGGGGCAAAUCUCAGGAUUCAUAUGGCGAACGCCACCGCCGCCACUGACUUACCCAGCAGAUCCAGCAGAUAGCUUUUAUCAGGCUUUUCAAACUGUUCCUCCACUCAGUGUGACUGCAGAUAAAUUCAUGUCGAGUUUCUUGGGCAUUGGUAGGCAUAUUAAGAGAAGCUACUGGGAUGAGGAUGUUGUCCUUGUUAUUGACGGCUCAGGAUCAAUCGGAUCGUGCGAAUUUGAUAAAGGGAAAAAAGCACUUGUAAACUUGGUGGGGAAAAUGAAAAAGCCCGGCUAUGACACCAGAUAUGCAGUUGUCACGUAUUCUUCCUCCUCCAAAGUAAACUUCAAGUUCACGCCACGCCUUACAGCAGCCAGCAAAAUUAUGAGCAUUCGCUACCCAGGAGGGGGGACCAAUACUCAGGCUGGACUAGCAGAAGCCAAGAAGCUGCUGUUUGAUGACCCUUCGUCAGGUCGUCGUAGAGGUUCAGAAAAGAUAGUUAUCCUCGUUACUGAUGGUAUGUCAAACAGCAAACACUUGACCAUACGCAAAGCUCAGGAACUAAAGGGCAAAGGAGUAAAGAUUUUAGUGGUUGCUGUGGGAUCUAGCAUUUACGGAAUAGACGAAAUGGUAAAGGUAGCCUCCUCGCCCACAAGAGACAUGUUUAGAGUUGAAACGGUGCGCGAUUUUUAUGAGGUCACCAAGCUCAUUUUACAGAAGGCCUUUUCUGAUCAAUGGAAAAUUUCUCCCAAUCAAGAUAAUCCUCCGUGCUUAUAUGGAAAGUAAAGCGGAAUUUA